CUCGAAGUUCGCCCAUCGUACGUACUUUCAAGUUAGCAAGGCCUUUACUUCACUUAAUGCUGGAUCUCAGAUGCGUUGCUGAACGAUUUCCUUGACGUACACUCGAGCGUAGUAGUAUAAAAGCAGUCGCUGAUGAUCCUUUCUUUUAUCAACUACUUCGUCGCUCAUUUGUCCCGUCAACAGUUCGCCCCACAAAUUUAAACAUGUUCGCUCUUUCUCUCCCUCUCGUUUCUCUUCUCGCAUUCGUUGUGGGAACCAGCGCCGUACCCACCCUAUCUGCUCGUGACAACAGCACUUGUAGUACGGGUGCACAGUGUAACACUGGCACUGUCUCCUGCUGCGAUACGACAUAUGAAUCCAACAGCCCUAAGUUGAGCAGGAUCAUAAGCGUACUGAACAUCUCCCUCGACCCUGUCGAGGGCUCCGUUGCGAUGGGUUGUAGUCCCCUCAGCGUCAUUGGUGCUGGUAGCGGCGCGGUGUGUACCCAGCAGCCCGUCUGCUGCAGUGGCAACACAUACUACGGUCUCAUUAACAUUGGGUGCUCACCGAUAAACAUUUACCUAUAAUCGUGAUACCAGAAUCCCUCCCCAAGAGUGAUUUACUCCACUGUCGUUGACUCUUUGUGAUGUUUGGCCUAAAUUUAUGUUUUGUUGUGAUCGAGGACCUUUCCUUGAUGUAUUCCGAGUUUAUAAGCACCUUUCAGGCUUCCUACACGUCCACGCUCAAAGUAAAUGUGCAAUGGAUGGUUCCUGAGCUGUUCGUAGAGCGAGAGGAUGGCUCUCAAGUUCGGCCAAGUGAGCAGAGCGACAUGUAUUCGUUUGGCGGUGUCA